CUCAAACCAGUUCCAUUGUUUACAUUUCAUGCACUAUUUUACAAUCGUACUGAAUUCAAAACCAUUCUUGCCAAAGACCAGCGUUUUUCUGGUUCUCUUUGGCAAAUCGAACUCAGUGUUGAAGUUGAAAUUUGAACAACAAAAUGGAUGUGUCUAGACGAGCAAGUCAUUCUGGUAGUUGGUACACCGAUCACACCCAAGAACUUAAUAAACAACUGAGCGAUUGGCUAGGAGCAGCAGAUUUAUCUCAUGGACCUGCAAGAGCAAUUAUAUCGCCUCAUGCUGGUUACAGUUAUUGCGGUGCUUGUGCAGCAUUUGCCUAUCGACAAAUCAGUCCCAUUGUUGUUCGAAAGAUAUUCAUUUUAGGUCCUUCUCACCAUGUCAGAUUGGCCGGUUGUGCUUUAACCACUGCUUCUAUUUAUAAAACACCCUUGUAUAAUCUAAAAAUUGAUAAACAAGUUAUCAAAGACUUAAUGGAUACUGGUUAUUUUGAAUGGAUGAGUAUGGAAACAGAUGAAGAUGAACAUAGCAUUGAGAUGCAACUACCCUACAUAGCUAAAGUCAUGGAGGACUAUAAAGAUGCAUUUACUGUUGUACCAAUUUUGGUUGGAUCACUUACCCCCGAUAAAGAAGCUAUGUAUGGAAAACUUUUAGCUCCAUACUUAGAAGAUCCAUCUACUUUAUUCGUCAUAUCUUCUGAUUUUUGUCACUGGGGCCAGCGUUUCCGUUAUACUUAUUAUGACAAAUCAUGUGGUGCUAUUCACAAAUCUAUAAAAAAUCUUGACAAGAUGGGAAUGGAUUUGAUUGAAAACUUGACUCCUUCUGCAUUUACUGAUUACCUAAAAAAAUAUGGUAACACUAUUUGUGGAAGACAUCCAAUAAGUGUUUUGUUGCAGAUGAUCAAGAGUUUAAAAGAAAGAGAUAGCAAUCAGCGAAUGAACUUAAAAUUCUUAAAAUAUGCACAAAGUAGUCAAUGCAAUAAUAUAAAUGAUAGUUCUGUCAGUUACGCAAGUGCUUCAUUGGUUAUUGAGUGACAAUAAAAUUUCCACUUGUAAUUUCACCCAUUUAAAUUAACCAUUGUAAGCAUUCACUUUUCAAAUUUGAUGUACAACAAAAUUUAUAAAAAGGAACUAUAUAAGUUUCUUUGCUAUUUUUUUGUAUUUGAGAUUUCAAAGAUGUUUUUGAUGCUUAUUGUAUAUUAAUGAUAUAUGAACAUAAUUUAUUUAUUAUGUGCAAUGUUGUUUAAAAAAACCUCAUUCAUGCAGUAAUUGCAAGUAAUGUCUCAUUUGCCUUUUACUAUUAAAAAUUUCAGUAGCUGUUGUUGAGUUACAAUUUAACAUUUUUUUUUUAUAUUUUAAUAUGGUUCAUGUAAUUUUCUAAACCAUCUAAUAAAAUAUAUUAUAUUAUAUAGCAUAAAUGUAACUGAAAGUAGACUGAUAUUUGUCUGUCCAUUAUAAAUAAUGGUAAAUGACUGACGAGGUAAGCAUUUAAUGUUUUUGUAAGAUGCUAGAAAUACUUGUAUCACGUUUGUAAACAAUAAAUUUAACUUCAGAAAAUAAAAUAAAACUUGCUUGA